AUGGGUCACGGAGAAGAACCGCUCACCGCCACUUACAAAACCCAACGUCCACCAUGGAUUGGUGUUUGGAGUUGUAGAGAAUAGUAAGUUUUUUGUGAUAAUUCUAUAUAUUUCACUAGAAAAACUCAAAUUUUUCCAGCAAAGGCCGUUCUGAUUGGUGGAAAGAAGCAGGCGGCGAGGCGGAUUCAGUAACUCGUUCCGGAAAAUUGCGCCUUCAACGUUUCCGCUACCGCGAAGAGGAUCCCGAUUGGUUUGACGCCAAAGUUGCCGAUGGCUCAUCUCUCGCCGGUCCUCUAGGCCUCGACUCGAAAAAAACCAAAAACAUCACCAAAAAAGGCGAUCAACCGGGAGAAUUGGCCGAUUUCCAGGAUAAAGUCUAUGGAAAAUCACAUCAAUUUAAAGCGAUUGCCGAGAAAUUCGGGUUGAGCAAAGAACAUCCGGGACUUGAUGUUAAUCCAACUUUGGGAGAUUUGAUUAACUGUAAGUUUUCUGAGAAAUGACAUGUUUUUUAAGCGAAUGAGUUGAAAUAUUGGGUCUAAGACGAACAGAAUGAUAUAAAUUUUGAUGAUUUUACGUUAUCCAUAAGUGAUUUAGCGACGUUUAGUCGAUAUUUAGUCGUUAAGCCUAAACGUUGCUAAAUCCCUUAUGGAUAGCGUAAACUCAUCAAAAUUUAUAUCAUUCUGUUCGUGUUAGACCAUUCUAUCAUAUGAAUAACAUUGGAACACAAUAUUUCAACUCAUUUUCUUAUGGGGCUAUUCAGCGAAAAAAAAUAUGUUUUCUCAACGGGAGAAAAGCGAAGAAAACCUAUUCAAGUCGGUUGAGAAAACAUAAAAAUCAAACACUUGAAACACACAAAUUGCGACGAGACCCAACGAAAAACAACAUGUUACUUUAAGAUACUGUAAAAAAUCGCAACGGACCAAUUUACAGUAAUGCAAAAGGUCAAAGGAACAUGUUGUUUUUCGUUGGGUCUCGUCGCAAUUUGUGUGUUUCAAGUGUUUGAUUUUUAUGUUUUCUCAACCGACUUGAAUAGGUUUUCUUCGCUUUUCUCCCGUUGAGAAAACAUUUUUUUUUCGCUGAAUAGCCCCAUUAAAAAACAUGAAAAAGUCGAUGUCCAACUAUACUGUGAUUAGUAAAAAUGAUUUUCAGCACCCAAAGAUCAUAUUGGAAGAAAUGCGUUGAUCCCAAACACCUGGUAUCAUUUUGGACCACGAUUUUUCGACACUCCUUUGAAUCAAGGAGCUUUUUGGAAAGGAGCCGCCGCCGCUAAAUAUGCCGCCAUUUUGCGUGAGUUUUUCUUCGACCCGUAAAGUGUUUUAAUCUUCCCGCCCGAAUGAACAUUUCAAUUUGGGCGGGAAGCUAAUAAAAAUUCCCCGAAAAUUUCAGGGAUAAACUUAAAAUUAUCGAAAUAUACCAAAUCGACCUUGCUGAUCACGAUUCCGAAGUCAAAAAUUGCCAAAAAUGCCUGUGAGAACUUUUCUGGAGCUCUAAAGUUGAAUUUUGGUUUUACCCAUUUUCCAGGGUGGAAAAUCAUGUUUUUCCACGUGGAUAAGUUUGUUCAGCACAUUCGAGAACCUCAUAAGACUUUAGUUCAUCAGAAAAGAUGAGACAGAAGCUAAAAACCGUAAUUUUUCAAAAUUCACCAAAAAGAUUACGGUUUUUAGCUUCUGUCUCAUAUUUUCUGCUAAACUAAAGUUUUAUGAGGUUUUCGAAUGUGCUGAACAACAUUAUCCAUGUUGAAAAAGUUGAUUUUCCACCCUGGAAAAUGAGUAAAACCAAAAUUUCAACUUUGAAGCUCUAGAAAAGUGCUCACAGGGCAAUUUUUGACUUCAAAAUCGUGAUCAGCAUCGUCGAUUUGGUAUAUGUUUCAUUAAAAUUUUAUUCCGGGACCUAAAAGUUAGGCUAAAACACUUCUCCUGUGAGGAAAAAUUCAAAAUUCCCUUUUCCAGUCGCUCCCUACACAAUCCUCGAAAUCCGUGCCAUCAACACUGUCAGCGUCGGUGAAUUCGGGCCAAAAACAUUUGCCAAACGAUAUUUGCAAUUGGCUCCAUUCCCAUUGGCCGUCGCUUUCGCCUGGGGUUUCUCAUUGUCAGCCGCUGCCACUAUUCGAAACAAGGAUGAUGUUUAUAAUCAUUUAUUUGCUAGCGCUGCUCUUGGAUCAACUGUGGCUACGAUGAGUGGGUUUUUGGUGGAAAAAUCUUGAAUUUUGAGCCAGGGAGCAUGAAAAUUGGAUAAUUUUCACCCAAUAUUCUUGCAGAGAGCAAUAUCGCUUUGGGAACUUCGGCCGCCGUUUUCUCGGCCAUCUUGGGCAUUUUCUGGCAAUAUCAACGACACUCUGAAACUGGACUUCAAGUGAGUUUUUUUUGGGAGUUCCGGGCUAGAUUUCUGGAUGAAAUUUGGCUGAAAAUAUCAGUUUUUUUCGCAAAAAAUUGAAAAAAAUCUAGUUUUCCAACUCAAAAUCACUAAAAUUCAAAAAUUUCAUGAAAAAUCACUUUUUUUCCUGCAGGGAAUGGUCGCUCAACCACAAUCAUCAGGAAUCUGGGGAGGACCACUCGUCUGGAAACAAUUCCGCUUCGGAGAUCAACAAAUUCCCGAAAUUCGAUAUUAG